CAGGCAUUUCAAGAUCGUCGGCUUUCUCUCUUUCAUCAUCCUUUUAUACGAUUAAAACUCCAGGAAAUCCCAACAUGUUUUGCAAGGUUCUUGAUCUGAGUAAAUUUUUUCACAGAGCAAAUUUUUGAAGAAAUUAAUGCUGCAAGUAGCUCAACCACUUCGAGAACGAGAGGGAACUGCAGGGGAUGGCGAGAGUAAAUGAGUGGUGAUCAAGUAUAAGAAUUAUGGGAUUUUACCAGACAAUCGUCGGACUGUUUUUCUUGAAUCUGGUGGUUUUAAAAUGCGUUGCUGGGGAUGACGAGAAGAAAUGCAAUCGUUCUUGCGGAAGGGGUUGGGGUAAAGAUCUCCCUUACCCGUUUGGAUUCUCCGAUGGUUGUGGGAUCCGUUUGGAUUGCGACAAUGGGGAUGUCAAAAUUGGGGAAUUUAAGGUCCGGAAUCUGACUGCUGAUAGUAUACUGGUCGGACUUCCGGCGAGCUGCGGCCGCGGGAUCGAAAAGGUUCUCCCCCUUAACGGCGGAAACUUCUGGAUGUCACGGCGGAACGCCUUUCUGCUCGAGAACUGUAGCCGGCCGUUGCCGGAGUGCAAGGCGCUUACGAGGUUGACUGGGUUGCGGCGAUGUGUUAAUAGGAACGACACCGUGGGCUGUUACUCGGAGCUGGGAGAAAAAGGCGGGAGCUUCUUGAACUACGACGGGCUGAAGAGUUCGAACUGCAGCGUUGUGUUUUCCUCGAUCGCCGCCGGAGGUAAUGACACUGUACAGAGCUCCGCCUUGUCGCUGGAGCUUCAGACGGUGGAGCUGGUGUGGUGGUUGGACGGGAGCUGCAACUGUCAUCCUGACGGACAAUGCUCUCCGGUUGAACUUCCAAACCGAAGAAAGGGGUUCAGGUGCUCGUGUAAGGAUGGUUUCGUCGGAGAUGGCUUCGCCAAUGGUGAUGGUUGCCGGCAAGCUUCUUCUAGUUGCAAUGCUUCCAAGUACAUGUCCGGUAACUGCGGCGGAACAAGAGUCGGCAUUCUCAUCGCCGGAUUUGUGUCUGGAGCGUCCUUGACAUGUAUAAUUGUCCUGGCAUACUACUGCACCCGAAUGCGAUCCGCGUCCCUAAAGAAACGUGUGAGCGCAAAGCGGCUCUCAGAAGCCGCGGGCUGUUGCUCCAGCGUCCGCUUAUACCCCUACAAAGAGCUCGAGCGGGCCACAAAUGGUUUCUCGGACGCAAUGCGUCUAGGGACGGGGGCCUAUGGCACGGUCUAUGCCGGGAAGCUUUAUAAUCAUGAACUGGUUGCUAUAAAGAGACUGAGACACCAAGACCCUGAUGGGGUGGAGCAAGUCAUGAAUGAGAUCAAGCUUUUGUCGUCGGUUAGCCACCCGAACCUCGUCCGCCUCCUUGGUUGUUGUCUUGAGCACGAGGAGCAGAUCCUCGUGUACGAGUACAUGCCGAACGGGACCCUGUCGCAGCACCUGCAGAGGGAGCACCGUUCCGGCCUCCCGUGGAUCAUCCGCCUCACGAUAGCGGCGGAAACGGCCCGAGCGGUUGCCCAUCUUCACUCGUCGAUGACCCCGCCGAUAUACCAUCGGGACAUCAAGUCGAGCAACAUUCUCUUGGAUUUCAACUACAGGUCGAAGAUCGCCGACUUCGGGCUCUCGAGGUUCGCAAUGACGGACGACUCCCACAUCUCGACAGCCCCGCAGGGGACGCCCGGGUACCUGGACCCGCAGUACCACCAGAACUACCACCUCUCAGACAAGAGCGACGUGUACAGCUUCGGGGUGGUUCUGGUGGAGAUCAUAACGGCUAUGAAAGUCGUCGACUUCACCCGCCCCAACACCGAGAUCAACUUGGCCGCGCUGGCGGUAGACAGGAUCGGGAAGGGGCGAGUGGACGAGAUAAUCGACCCGUACUUGGAGCCGAAUAGGGAUGCGUGGACGCUUUCUUCCAUACACAGGGUAGCCGAACUGGCGUUCAGGUGCCUGGCUUUCCACAAGGACAUGAGGCCUUCGAUGACGGAAGUGGCGGAGGAGUUGGAUCAAAUGAGAGGCGGUGGCUUGGAACCGGCGGAGGCCUCCGGGGCAGAGAACGGGUGCGCCAUGACGACAUCGUCGUCUUGCUCGUCUCGGCACAACGGCAGCGAGAGAUCGUUCUGCAGUUCUUCGAAUAAGAGAGUAAUAGUAAUGAAGGAGAGGUCUCCGGUGUCGGUGCGGGAGCCGUGGUCGGGUGAGCAAAGCUCUCCCACGACCGAUACCUUGCUGGGUAGUAACGCAGUUGGACGAGCGUGAAAUUGUUCUGUGUUUGUGAAUGUGUACGUAAGAAGAAUGAUGUCAAAAGUGGGGAUACCAAUCUUUAUUUAUAGCUAGCGAGCAUGUAUGUAUAUGUGUGUAUAUAUGAUCGCCAGGCCAAAGUCUUGCGAGUUCAAAUCUU